GGCGCAUCGUAGCUGCUCGUCUGCGCAUAAGCUGAGCUGCAUGGAUCCAGCCACCGCGAGCAGUAGGGAGCAAGCAGAAGAGCCGGCGAGGCCGCAAACUAUGCAGCGCCGCGCGCCGCCGAGGACGUGGCGAGGAUCCAUUAUCGCAGCAGCCCUCUGCGCAGCGAGCGCGAGCGCCCUCGUCGCGCCGACGCCGCGCGUGCCCGCGACGCGAGCAAGACGACGGAUAGCCGCGUCGGUGGUAGGCGACGACCUGCCCAGCAGACCAUCCGUCGACGGCAAGUCGUACGGCGCCGAGCUCGCGAACGCCUAUAAGCGGUGCGGCGAGAUUACGAAGAUCUUCAGCAAAACAUUUUAUUUUGGUACCACUUUCUUCUCCCAAGAAAAGAAGCAGGCGGUCUGGGCCAUCUACGUGUGGUGCCGGCGGACGGACGAUAUCGUCGACUCGCCGCUCGCGGCCAUGCUCGGGCCCGAGCGCAUGGAGGAAGACCUACGCUUGUGGAAGGAGCGCCUGGACCGCAUCUGGGUCCAGGAGCCGACGGAUGCCCUAGAUAUGGCUUUAUCAGAUGCGAAGAAGAACUACCCGUCGAUGGACAUCGAGCCUUAUAACGACAUGAUCGACGGCAUGCUCAUGGACACGCCCGGUCAUCAAUUAUUCCAAGAUCGAUAUGAGACCUGGGAUGAAUUGUAUACUUAUUGUUACCGGGUUGCGGGUACGGUCGGGCUGAUGGUCUUGCCGGUACUCGGUACUUCCACAACACACACUUUGGAGGAGGCGAUACCACCAGGACUCAGCUUAGGCAUAGCCUUCCAGAUCACGAACAUCCUCAGAGACGUUGGCGAGGACGCGCUUCGGGGAAGGAUAUACUUACCCAGAGAAGAUAUGGCAAAAUUUGGCGUCACGGAGGAGCAGAUCAUCAAAGGAGUCCUCGAUGAGAACUACAAGGACCUCAUGAAGUUUGAAAUACAAAGAGCGCGAGACUACUACGUCGAGGCCGAGGCGGGGAUUCCCAUGCUCGCGCCGGAAGCUAGGGUGGGCGUCGCCAUGGCGCUGCGCGUCUACCGGGGCAUCCUGGACAAGCUCGAGGAGAACGACUACGACAACUUUCGCAAAAGGGCCUACGUGUCGAAGCUCGAGAAGUUCCUAUAUUUGCCCGACGCGUGGAAGGCGACGUCGGGGCUGCCUCCUUAGUCGUUCUUAACAACCGUAUACGUUC